UAAUAGCGACAUCAUGCCUGAUGCACGACACACUCAUAUUCUGUGCAGUUUGGAACUUAGGUGAACGCAAUAUUUCAAGCCUGGAAGGUCGGACAGGUGGCAGCCUUCCAGCAUGAGUAAGAACUCGACUUUCAAGGUCAAUGGGACAGAAUAUGAAAUUGCCGAUGGAACAUGGGCGGGAUCUCGCCUGGUCGACUUCCUACAUGAGCAACAGCUGACUGGUACACAUGUGACAUGCUACCAGGGAGGCUGUGGUGCCUGCAUUGUCACCGCCUCCAUACCUGACCCAGCUUCGGGCCUAAGCCAGUCCUACAGUGUGAAUAGUUGCCUAGUUCCUCUGGCGUCCUGCGCAGGAUGGGAAAUCACCACGAUCGAAGGGCUUGGCAACAGCCACGAUGGAUAUCACGUGAUCCAAGACACAUUAGCAAACAAGGCUGGGACUCAGUGUGGUUAUUGCUCUCCCGGUUUUGUCAUGAACAUGUAUGGCCUGACCCAGAACAAUCCCUCCUGGACUGAAGAUGAUGUGGAGAAGACCUUAGAUGCCAAUAUCUGUCGAUGCACUGGGUACCGACCAAUCGUAGAAGCUUUCAAGUCUAUCACCCCGAGUGACAUUGAGGACUCCCACUUGGCUCGAUGCUCCAACAAAGGCAAAAAGUGUUGCAAAGGAAAGUGCUCCAAGAGCUCUCCUACAGGAAAACCAAAAGAGGCCAAAUGUAAGAUGAUUAAGCCACCAGCCAAUGACUCUUGGCACAUGCCACUUACUCUAGAAGAACUGUACAAUAUCGUUGCAAGCAUUCCAGCAGGUGAGAGGUACUCCCUCAUAUGUGGCGACACAGCUCAAGCCGUGGUAGGAGCUGACUACGCCUCAUCGACGACCAUCUUCACCCGCAGCGUUCCAGAACUGGCCAAAGUGAACCAGACCGCAGAUAAGGUCAUAUUUGGAGCAAAUGUAACCAUCAGCCAAUUGAUAACCCACAUGAAAUCGAUGUCAGCCAGCGAGGGAUUCUCUUACCUCGGGCACCUCGCUGAGAUGUGGCACCAUGUGGCUGGGACAAGCGUUCGGAAUCUAGGAAGUUGGGCAGGUAAUAUAGCCUGCAGAAUAGCCCAUCCUGACUUCCCAUCAGACCUCUUCCCUCAUCUGAUGGUUGCCGGAGCUACAGUCACCCUAGGUACAACUGACGGGUCGACAACAACCCACACGAUGGAGGAACUGCUGGGCAUCGACCUGGUUGCUGACCGGAAGAUUAUCCUCGAGCUGACACUUCCCAAGAUGGCGGACAACGUGGUCUUCAGGGUUUUCAAGGUUAGCGCUCGAUCCCACAAUGCCCACUCCUACAUCAAUGGAGGAUUCCGCAUGGAAGUGGACGCUGCAACUACCCACACUGUGGUUGGCACCCCUGUCAUCGUCUACGGAUGCAUCAAUACUACUUUCUUCCGUGCAACUGCAACAGAGGCUGUCUUGGCGGGAAAGAGCUUGGAGGACCAGACUGUAAUUCAAGCAGCUGUGGAGGCCUUGGCCUCCGAAAUCACACCAGACGAAAGUCCUUUAGAACCAAACCCAGCAUACAAGGUGGCCAUCGCCCAAAAUAUGCUCUAUAAGACCAUUCUCGGAAUCAUCGGAGAUGUUGCGUCACCAGACGUGAUCAGCGGAGCCACGGAUUUAGUCCGUCCUCUUUCGAGCGGAAAACAGGUCUAUGACGAGAACACGGAGAUUUGGCCUUUGGGAAAGCCCAUCCCGAAGCUAGAAGCCCACAUCCAGUGCAGUGGCGAGGCAGAAUAUGCAGUCUUGGCGCCUGAAAUGACGGGAGAGCUCUUUGGAAUGUUCGUCACGUCGACCCAGGGCAACGCCAAGAUAGUCAGCAUCGACCCAAGUGAAGCACUCGGAAUGCCUGGAGUGGUGGCCUUUGUGGGAAUUGAUGACAUCACAGGAGAAAACAACAUCAACAACCAAACAUGGCCCGGGGUGCCGGAACCGCUGUUCCCAUCCGAUAGAGUCUCCUACUACGGGCAGCCCAUAGGGCUAUUGGUGACUGAAGGGCGAAGCCCUGCCUAUGCUGCCCUUGGUGCAGUCAAAGUGACCUACGACGACAUUCAGCCUCCCGUGCUGACUAUCGACGAGGCCCUUCAGCAACCGCUUCCCGAAGGACAGCCUGAGCCUUUCGUCCAAGGAGAUGUCGAAGCUGGUUUUGCUGCAUCAACAACUAUAGUUGAAGGAGCCAUGGGUAGAAAUGGACAAUAUCACUUUACAAUGGAACCUCAGGUUUGCAUCGCUACUCCAACGGACGAAGGUCUUGACAUCUUAGCCGGUACACAGUGGGCCUCAGAGACUCAGCGAGCUAUUGGCCAAGUACUUGGAAUCCCAGAUAACCAAGUCACGGUCACCGUGAAAAGGGUUGGAGGUGCAUUUGGCUCCAAGAUAGAUCGCUGCAACAUCAUAGCCACAGCUGCUGCAUUGGCAGCACAGAAAACUAGAAAGAGAGUGAGAGUCUCUCUCGACUUCGACGUAAACACCACUCUCGUUGGCUGGAGGGAACCAUACGUUUGCACCUACAAGGCUGGCGUCAACGCUGAAGGCAUUCUACAGGCCAUUGAGGCUACCUUGACCAGCGAUUCAGGAUAUGUGGCAGUCGACGUCAGUUCGGGCGGUGCUGCCCCAAUAAUGCCAUCUUGUUACUCCUGUCCCAACUGGAAUGUCAAACCCCAGUUCGUCCUCACCAACACUGCCAACAACACUUGGUGUCGUUCUCCUGGUACCCUGGAGGGCAUCCUGUUCAUGGAGAAUAUCAUGGACCACAUUGCCACGGCUAUUGGCAUGGACCCGCUGGAGUUCCGCAGGAAGAACUUGAUGCCAGACGGUUCCUCCAGGCAUCUCAACCGAGUGGUGCACCGUCUUCGUCAUGCAAUGGCAGGAAAUUUGAAUGCCAAGAUUCCCAGGGAAGUCACAAUCCCCAACAACUUGAUUUCAGACAUGAUUGACCAAUUAAUGGUCAGUGCUGACGUAGACGCCAGGAAAGCUGACAUAGAGACAUUCAAUAAAAAUAACAAAUGGAAGAAGAGAGGCCUAGCUGUGAUGCCCCAAAUGUGGCCUUAUAUGCCACCUAGUGUCUACCCUUUCAGUUGCAUGGUGUCCAUCAACUGCAGAGAUGGUACUGUCAUGGUUUCUCAUGGUGGAGUGGAAUCAGGACAAGGGAUUAAUACGAAGGUGGCUCAGUGUGCAGCUUAUGAGCUCGGCAUCCCACUGGAGAUGGUUGCAAUCAAAGGCUCGACCACUCACACCAAUGCUAAUUCCCAGUGCACCGGAGGCUCAUUGGGAUCUGACAUCACCUCUUUCUGUGUGAGUACUGCCUGUAAAAAUCUGAAAGAUCGACUGGAGGCCUUCAGACAGACGCUGGAGAAACCAGAUAUUAGCUGGGCAGAGCUAGUGAAUCAGGCUUACUUCAGUGGCAUUGAUAUCUGUGAACGCUACGUAAACAAAUCAGAUGAAGUCAAAAGUUACGGAGUAUUUGGAGUGGCAGCUACAGAAGUUGAACUGGACAUUUUGACUGGACAGUUUUUGGUCUUGCGGACCGAUAUCAUUGAGGACGCAGGCAGAAGCAUGAGUCCAAUGGUAGAUGUAGGACAGGUGGAAGGUGGCUUUGUCAUGGGACAGGGCCUCUUCACUACUGAGGAACCCCUCUAUGACCCAGCCACUGGCCAGAGGCUGACGAACUCGACAUGGCAUUACAAGCCACCCCUUGCCCAGGAUAUCCCAGUAGACUUCAGGGUAACUCUCCUGCAAAAUUCUCCCAACCCAAUUGGAGUUCAACUAUCGAAAGUGACAGGAGAACCUCCUCUCGUUCUCUCCUUUUCGGUCGUCAUGGCGCUUCGCCAGGCCAUCACGAGUGCCAGAGCUGAUGGUGGUACCACCGGUUGGUUCCAGAUGGACACACCUUUGACCGUGGAGAGAUUGCAGCGUUUAUGCCUUGUUGAUCCAUCAAGACUGGUCAUCACCUCCUAAGAACUGGCUUGACUCACUGACCAUUUCAGCCCAGAUAUUUGUUGACGUGAAGGCAUGAAGACCUUGAGCUGUUAAUAAUGUUUAUUUGUAUAUCUGUAUAUAUAACUUUUUUGGAUAUAGGCUAGUGCAAAUUUUUCAUAAACAUUGAUGUCAUCGAAAUUUAUUUAAAAGCCUUAGAGAGGAAAAAUAUUUUUAAUAUAUAUAUAUAUAUAUAUAUAUAUAUAUAUGUAUAUAUAUAUAUAUAUAUAUAUAUAUAUAUAUAUCAUAUAUAUAUAUAUUAUAUAUAUAUAUACUUACAUUUAAAUGGAAGGGUUAGUGACUAUGUCUCAGGGAAAGAUACACGUAGUGCAAAACUUUGGGCUAAAAUUAGAUCAGAGAAAUACACUGACAUGAGAGAUUCAAGUCUGGCAAAAAUAGAAUAAUAAGUUUUAGAUACUGCUCUGAUUUAGUACUUGAAGUAUCAUUCUAUUUUUUUUUUUCAACUAUUCAAAGGGAAUGAUAAAUCUGGCUUAUCAGGAAAUUAAAUUAAGGAUGUGAUGAUGAACUAUAUAACAGAAUAAUCAUGUGAUAUUUGCUGACAUAAACAAAUGUCUUUGAGAUGAAUUUAUUUUAAUUGGUAAUGAUAUGAUUUCAUCGUAGUCGUAGAAUUUCCUGAAAUAUGGCUCCUCUUUAUAAUGGAACCGCUUUGUUCUUUUCCUUUGGGACUUCGAUAAAAUUAGUUUUUCGCAAGUUCAACGUCCUCUGUUCCUCCCUAAGCGGUUCUGGGUUCCUCCUUGUCGGAAUAUUUCACUAGUUAUAUAGUAUACGAUAAGUUUGUGUUUUCGUGUUUUACCUAUGUACUGUAUUUCAUGUACAGUCAGCGUAUACUACUAAAUGUAGACAAGGGUUGUACUAUAUAUAUAUAUUAUGUUGUGUGUGUGCAUGCGCAUACCGUGCCUUGUAUGAAUUUUUAUGUGCGUACAUACAGCUGUUUACACUAGCUAGGGCAAACGUUACUGAAAGUUAUAUGAUAAAACUCGGGUAUUAACUUGUAAGAUAAAAUGUGUGAGAAAUAGUUUCUGAAAAUUAUCCUUAUUAUAACCUAUCUUUAGAUUUUCUUUCGUGUGUCUUCCCAGUUGUAUAUCAGUUAAGAAAAAUAAAAUGAAUGAUUAUUUUUAUUAAAUUAAUGGGGGAAAAUUCUGUAUACAAUACCAGAGGGAAUAAGAGUAUGAAUCAUAUUGAAAUAUAUCAUGAAAACUA